ACUCUUGAUAUGUCAUAGAAUGACUUUCCGUUGAAUGUUUUUUAUCGGAUCAGAACGCUAAUUUGUAGGAAUGGCUAACCAACUAGUUGAGGUUGAGAGCGAGCUGCCCAAAAUAACUGGAAAAGACUAUCUUUCUCCAGUAAAAUUCGAAUUAGAGAUCCAAAGGCAGAGAAUCCUUUAUAUCUUGCACUAUGCUGUCAAGAAGAUGAGAAUAAUGGCUCAUUUACCUUCUUUGAUGAGAGAUGACUGUAAAAUUUUGAAACUCUAUCUGAACCCAUCUAAGUUAGAUUUCGUACGAUAUUCUUGUGCUAAGUAUAUCCAAGGAGGACAAUUGGAUUCUUUAAAACACCAAGAGAGUGUCGUGAAGUAUUCGAAGAUUCUGGAUGAGAUUAGAAUUAAUCAAUUCGAGGAAGACGAGAACGUCACCAGAGCUCUUCUAGGUACAUUGGGAGACAGCCAAAGAGUGGACUACCACAUUUCUCAAGUGAUAGAAUUAAUAAUGUCGAAUGAAGCUUUAGUGAAAUACAUCGAAAAUAGUCAAGAAGAAAUUUCCCAGCCCGUUCAAAAUUUAAUAGAUUGCAUGAAACACUUGAAGAAUCUCAUUCAUGAAAAACUACUGAUCACGAGCAAAGAACAGAUGGACAACGACAAACGUUUGAGGGUUGCUUAUAAAUCUAAUUUUGUCAUUACACAAAAUAUCAAACGCCUUCAAGAACAGCUGAGUAAACAACAAAAAGAGUUAGGUGCCGAACUGGACAAAAAGAAUGCAAUACUCAAAUCUUACAACAGCAAACUGCAAAGUCUCCAGGAAGAAUUUCAGACUGAAAUAACAAAGAAAGUACAGAAAUCCGAGAAACAGAUGAUGAACGAUUCGUUUGCCAGCGAAACUAGACAAGUAGAUUUGGAACGAGAAGCUCACGAAGCCUCCACCCAGUAUACAACAUUGCUAGAGAGCAACCUGGCCGAUGAGGGCCAGCUCAGACAGAAGAGAAACAAGGUUGAGGCUCAGCUUGCUAGCUGGCUCUCAAAGUACGACAAUGACGUUGGUGAAAAACAGGCCGAGCUCGAGGGCUUGGAGAAGCAAUACAACGAAAUGAAAGCAACUUAUGAAGACCUGAUGGACAGAUUCAACGAACAAACAAAGGAGUACGAUAUACUGAUGACUGAAAAAGAAGAAGAAGAACGGAGGAUAUUUGAGGAGAUGGCCAUAGAGUUCUUGAAGAAUAGAUCGGCUAGAAGGAUACAAAGGGCAUGGAGAGGUUACUGGCAGAGAAAGAUGGAAAGAAAGAAGGCGAGAAAAUCUAAAGGGAAAGAUAAGAAGAAGACCAAGAAAGAGACAGUUCGAGUAGAUAGGAAAACCGAUGCUAAUGUUGUGCUUGAAAAAUCGUUUAAAAAGAAAGAUUAUCUUUUCGAAGAUAUGGACACUACUAAAGAGUUCUCAACUGCUCCAGUGAAAGUCGAACUGUAGAAGAUAGUCUGGCUAAGUUAUUUUUUUUAUUUUUAUUUAUUUUACAUUUAUUUUGCUUACAUUUAUGGUUAUUGUUCCUUAAAGUCUUAUCAUCAAUUUCUUCGAAAUGAAAUUUACAAAUAAAUAUAGUUUACAUCAAUGACAA